AUGGCAAAAACCAUAACCACCCUUUUGCUCUUCCUCUUUGUCGGAGGAGUAACCAUGGUAAUGUCUGAACAUGAAGAAAGAUCAGAAGGAUCAUCAUCAAGUAGAUUGUUCUUGUUGCAAAACUCCAAGAGCGUUGUCAAAACUGAUGCAGGAGAAAUGAGAGUGAUGCAAAACAAUGAUGAUAAGUUUUUGGAUAGGAGCAUGCAAAUUGGUUUGAUUAAUAUGGAACCAAAGUCCUUGUUCAUUCCUCAGUAUCUUGACUCCAAUUUGAUCAUAUUUGUCGGUAGAGGGAUAGCAAAGUUGGGAUUCAUAUAUGGAGAUGAACUAGAAGAAAGGAGGUUGAAGACAGGGGACAUAUAUGUAAUUCCAGCAGGUUCUGUAUUCUAUUUAGUGAAUAUAGAUGAAGGUCAGAGACUUCAUGUCAUUUGCAGCAUUGACUCCUCUACAAGAUUUGGUGAUAGUGAUACUUUUCAGUCCUUUUAUAUUGGUGGAGGAGGAGAUAAUCCACAGUCUGUUCUUGCUGGAUUUGGACCGGCUAUUCUUGAAACUGCUUUUAAUGAAUCAAGAGCAACACUACAGAGAAUCUUCAAGAAGAAACAAGAUGGGCCAAUUGUGUUUAUUGAUGAUUCUCAGUCUCCUAACCUCUGGACUAAAUUCCUUGAACUGAAGAAGCCAGAAAAAGUCCAACACCUCAAGACAUUGGUACAAAGCCAAGAAGAAGAUGAAGAGGAGAAGCAAAAAAGUUGGUCAUGGAGGAAACUCAUGAAAACUGUAUUAGGAAAAGAGAACAAGAACAUAGAGAACAAAGACAGAGCUGAUUCACCUGACUCUUACAACCUCUAUGACAGAAAACCUGAUUUCAGAAACACUUAUGGCUGGAGCAGUGCAUUGGAUGGAGAUGAUUAUUCUCCACUCAAAGUACCUGACAUUGGUGUUUUUCAUGUCAAUCUAAACGCGGGGUCUAUGAUGGCACCUCAUGUGAAUCCAAAGGCAGCAGAGUUUACAAUAGUAUUGAAAGGAUAUGGAAAGAUUCAGAUACUAUUUCCAAACGGAAGCAAUGCAAUGGAAACAGAAAUCAAAGUAGGAGACAUAUUCUAUAUACCAAGAUACUUUCCAUUCUGUCAAAUAGCAUCAAGAAAUGGACCCUUGGAGUUUUUUGGAUUCACAACCUCAUCAAAGAAGAACAAUCCACAGUUUCUAGCAGGUGGUGCAUCAAUUCUGAAGAUUAUUUUAGGUCCUGAACUUGCAGCUUCAUUUGGUGUGAGUGAGGAGACUAUGAGGGAUUUUGUUGGUGCUCAACAUGAUGGUGUGAUAUUUUCUUCAACAUGGGCUGCUCCUGGUGGUGGAGGGAAAAAGGAGGAGGAUCAUGUUUUGGAAAAUUUUGAAACAAAGGGUGUUAAAGGGUUUGUUAAUGAUGUUGUUAUGGAUGUUUUUUAA